UCAGGUGCCCGGGCACAUGUACGGGAAGGACAAAGUGGGAUUGAUAUCUCACCUAUUUCCAAAAAGGAGUUAAAUAUGGAUGAAAAAGGGGUUCUAUGGAAAAUAUCCUCACAAGGUGAUCUGAUCAUAAAUUCCUAACUGGGCAGAUCAUGGUACAUUGCAACAUCCCGAUGGCACAGUUUUGAAACAGUUGCAGCCGCCUCCAAGGGGUCCAAGAGAGCUAGAAUUCUAUAAUAUGGUUUAUGCUUCUGAUUGUACUGAUGGGGUUCUUAUAGAGCUACGAAAGUAUUUGCCAAAAUGUUAUGGCAUCUGGUCACCUCCCACUGCACCAAAUGAUUUAUACAUGAAACUGGAAGAUGUGACCCGUAAAUUUAAUAAGCCCUGUAUAAUGGAUGUAAAGAUAGGGUGGAAAAGCUAUGAUCCUUUUGCUUCAUCCGAGAAGAUUCAGCAACAGGUCAGCAAGUACCCAUUAAUGGAAGAGAUUGGGUUCUUGGUGCUUGGCAUGAGGGUUUAUCAUAUUCAUUCUGAUAGCUAUGAGACACAAAACCAGCGCUAUGGAAGAAGCCUAACAAAAGAAACUCUAAAGGAUGGGCUUUCCAGAUUUUUUCAUAAUGGAUUCUGCUUAAGAAAAGAUGCUGUUGCUGCCAGUAUUCAUAAGAUUGAGAGUGUUCUGCAGUGGUUUGAAACCCAGAAGCAGCUUAACUUUUAUGCAAGUUCAUUAUUGUUUGUUUAUGAAGGUUCAUCUCAGCCAACUACUACAAAAUCGAAUGACAGAACUUUGGCAGAAAAAUUUUUGUCCAAAGGACAACUCUCAGACACAGAUGUACUGGAGUAC